AUGACUGCAACAACGGUACAAUUUCAAGUGUUCGCCACUCUUUUGGCCAUUGGUUGUCUUGCUUUUCAGGCUCUCGGAAGUCCACACGGAAGUCCAUACGGAGGUCCAUACGGAGGUCCAUACGGAAUUGGAACGGUUGGCUUGAUCAAUGGAGAAUUCACUGAUAAUGGUGAAUCGGCCAACGCGUGUGCCAAUGAAGCAGGCUGGGAAUUCUUGCUGAAGAGCUUGAAUGGACGCAAGCUCAAUCCUGAUUGCCACCGAAUGCAGACGUAA